ACGAGCCGUAACGAACCGUAACGGACUCAGCCCCAACUAUAUUGAGAAAAAACGUGUAGCUUGUGCAGCAUCCACGCACAGUCGCAUUUUCUUCUAGACAGUGUUGCUGGUAAGAUGCUGUUUUUCCGGCCGCACAAAUAAAGCAAAUAGAAAAAUUAUCGUUUGUGUGAUUUGUCACAGUACACCAGUUUUACCGCGUUGCAAAGAAGUAUGAACUACUAUAAUACGGGCUCGUCGUCCCUCAUUUAUUCGGAAAAUUCUAGAAUGGCCACAAGUGAAGAUCCUGCGCUUUCUUCAAAAAUGACGUCCUCAACUUCCGCCGCUAUGAAAACGAGCAAAUGGAGCCAGGUUUUUGCCGGGCAAAUCAAGGUAUCCUGUGCAAAAGUAUUGUACUCGUAGUAAUUGCAUUUAUGCAUUACAAGUCUCUUUCUCAAGGCCAAUCAGCAUUACAAAUUCCAUUUGUGAUGCAGAGAAAAUUUGUCAUGCCAUUUCUACUAGUACGAUGCUUUUGCAAUUCAUACAAGGACAAAGAUCUACGGAAAAUCGCGAAAAAGUUCUCCCCCGAACACCUGCCCAAAGUAGAGGAAAACUAUAACCCGCUCAGGUGAUACAAUUUCAAACGUUACAAUAGAAUUUGAGACUUGUGUUGCAUGAUGAGCAUGACAGACUCGCAGAGGGUUUCUCUCUCUGCAAUACAAAUUUCGCCAGAUUGUAGUUCAGUUUGGGACGCCGGAACUUGUCAUGCGCAAUCCUAUGAGAGUUGGCUAGAACAUGCACUCUUGCAUCACAGAUUUCCAUAUUCUAUUGUAACGUUUGAGAUUGUAACAGCUGAGCAGGUUAUAAAAACUACCGCCUUCUUCUUCGCGUAGAGAAAACCGAAGGUUCAAACUAUCCCACGAAAAAACUGUUUCACUGUGAUGGUUUUGCAGGAUCCGCAUCACAAGUUUGCUACACAUGACAGGGGAAAUUUACCAUGCGUGCUUCCCAAGGGAAACCACGCUUAAAAAUCCAAUGCCUUGCAGGUGUAGCAAGACAAAUUGUUCUGUGUUCCAUUCUCUGCAUGACAAGUUUACAGUGAAACAGUUUUUUCUUGCGAUACAAAUGCCCCGCACGCCAAUGCGAAGAUCGCGGAUGAACUUCUGUUGCGGAUGGCGCUGCAGGUUUUAAGGAAUAAUUUUAGCAACAUCCAGGUGUCCCUUGAUCCUUUUGUAGCUUUUCCGCUGUACAACUUCCUCGAACAGCAGAAGGUGCAGACCACGAGGGAUCCGAAGAAGGCGUUCGACGAAAAAGUGGAGAACGCGAUGACCUCCGCGGGUGGCGUCAAAACGAAGCUGAUCAUUAUCGGGCCGAGCAGUUCUGCGGCCUCUAGUGCGAACCUGCUUGGGGUGUUGAAGGCAAAAAUAUCUACAACUUCUUCCCCCGGUAGUGCAGAAGAGGACGUCGCAGUGAAGAGCUUGUUAGAGGAGAUUGCAAAAGCCAACGACGCAGCGGACGAAGUAAAACUACGAAGGAGUAAAUUGUAGCUGCAGGACCUCCACCGCCUCCCAGCAGAUGCGCUUCCCAUAUUUUGAUGUAAAUUAACUGCGUCACCGUCUCGUCACGCGCCGGGGCGCCAGCAGCGGGUAGGUAACCAGAGAUCUAGAAGAAGCAAGUAGAGAAGAGAAAUUUGUGACGUGGUUGUGGUUCUUCUGGGUAGUGGUCUUCUUGGUGAAGAAGAACUGCCUGCUGCUGCUUCCAGGCCGAUGUUGCAUCACGUUCUUGCCUGUAGAAGCAAAAGAUAUUUUUCCACAGCGAUUUUUGGAUCGAACCAACUCGAAGUCGUAAUCAAUAAAUCAAACGACAGGACGGAACGGAAAUUAUUGUGAAGUCGUAGGACGGAUGGAAUUCUGUGCUGGUGGAACAACUUUGAUUUUUGGGCAAAGUGAUAUUGACGAUUCUGAACUUCGGACGACUUCUUGAACUUGAUACAAAAUGAAGAUGAGAAGUCCUUCCUGCGGUUGCGACCCUUAAAAGUAGCUUGCGUGGUAUUUAUAU